GUCUUGGCCCGAGCCGCGCCGUGCGCCGACGAUGCGCUGGGCGAUUGCAAGGUCGCGUUCCUGGCCUCGGUGCUCGAGCAGCGGGGUCGCGCGACCGCAGUGCUCCAGACGGGCCAGGGGCCUGCCGCGAUGGCUCUGGCGAUUGCGGUCCGAGAUCGGACGCGGCGCCCGACGUCGGCGCGGGGGUCGGCGCCCUUCUCGUGGAGGCGCGCUGGUUAUUUCGCUGCUUCCAGCGGGGGGCUCUUGGGGGCUGGCAAGCUGAAGCUGGCGCGCAUUCUGCAGAAUCGCAUCGUGAUCGAUGUGGCUGAUCCGAUCGCGCCAUGGUUGGCGAAGCCGAUAGACUGGGUGAUCGCCGAGCUCCGACCGAAUUGCCGCGGGGGCCCAUCACGCAGCAUGCUCUUCGGCAAGGAGCAACAGGGCGAGAUCGCAGCAUUCGAGAAGCAGAUCU